UAAACAAAGCCAGGAAGCCUGACAUUAACCCGAGACUCAGCCUCAACUGAAGCCCACUCACACAAAACAGGGAUGCAUUCACUUGCUUUGGCCCUUUGAAAAGCUGGUUUCCAGGACCUGGGACACCGCUCUGUUCUGCUGCUGGGAGAGAGGAAAAUAGCACCCAGGGUGAUGGUGAGACAGCAUAACGCACUGGACUGUUUGCGCAUUUGAAAGCGGUCCAUGCAGAAACUGCUGCCUUCUGUCUCCUGAGUCAGCUGUGCAGCGUUGUGAUGAACGCGAGUCGGGGCGGCGCGGCGGACUGUGCGGUGGGCGGCGUCCUCUCGGUGGAGGGGCUGCCGCCGCUCCCAAAGGGCCUCAGUGGGAUCCUGAACUCCAGCGGCGGGUCGUGGCGGGACAUCGAGAAGGUGCACAGCAAGAGAGCGCGCAUCCAGGCCGACAUCAGCAGGGGCGGCGGGGACGCGCCGCGCGGUCACAGCAAACCGGGAGGACUGGACGCUGCUCUGGCUCUGCUGCGGAAAGAGAUGGUCGGUCUGCGUCAGCUCGACGUGUCUCUGCUGUGCCAGCUGUGGUCUCUCCGGGAGGCCAUCCAGGAGUACAAGGGCUCCUCGCUGCUGUCUGAGGCCUCCUUCAGUGCUGACAAUGGAUACUCUGAGGAGGAGGAGGAGGAGGAGGAAGUAGAAGAGGAAGAUGGGGAGGAGACAGGAGUUCAGUUGCAGCCUCUCUCUUCUUCUUCUUCUUCGUCCUUGUCUCUGCCCCCACCCAGCAGCAAUUCCAGGGACCAGUGGAUCAAGGACUCCUUUCACAUUCCCUGAUGAAGAAACCGUUCCAUGCACCAUGUGCUGCAGGUUCAUGUGUCUUACUGCCCCUUUUGGCCCCGUUUACACUUGCUUACAUGCCAUGCAUCUCUUGUCCAGGUAAUAUAUCCAGUAUAUAGCCUUAUCCACGCUCUUCUGACACUUUUGUCAACCUACAUGCUGCAUACUCGCCACUAAGCUGGCUGGAAUAUUACUCAGAAUUAUUGAGAUGUCUGUGAAUACAAGCAUGGCAUGAAACAAGGUUCCAGAUCAGAUCCAGCUGUCGAUCAAUAAUCUGUAUUUGGUUUAAUUUUAUGAGCAUUUGGCACAUUUUUCUGCUCCAAGAUAUGAUGUUCAGCUGUGAUUCUGUCAAACCAGACCUCUGUAAAUGUCCCCAACCUGACAUUUCCUGUUGAAUUGUAAGUUACGAAAAACUUCCCUGCAGCCUUAUCUUGAUUUUCAAUAAAUCUGAUGAAUUUUUGUACUCUCCUGUAAAAGAGUUUUUAAAAUCUCACUUUCGCUUCAUCUUGAGACUUUAAAGCAGUCUUUAAAUGUACAUAAAUCAUGAGCUUUAUCAGUAUUUUACCUGUAAUAGCAACUCCUGAAUGCAUUAUUAAUUUAACCAUUUUCUCACAGUGCAAGUCCCACCAGCCAGAAGUGGCACCAUCUGCACAGUGGAAAUGGUGAAGAAGUCUUGAAGUGUUUUGGAAAAGCCACUAAAUAAUUUUUUUGUAUUUAAAGCUUAAAGCAAUCUUUGUCACAGCAGACAUGCACAAUAUUUCUGUAUUAGAAUAAAAGGUAAUCAGUGGGUGAUUUGCAAAUAAUGACCAACAGGGGACACACUGUCUCCAGUGAAGAGAGAGCUCCGUCUCUCCUGCGGGCCUCCUCCUCCUCCUCUGAGGUCACGCUGAAAGGAGCAGAGUGGGGAAAAAACAUUUGCUGUGGAGGGAGCAGGAACGAAGGGGGGUGACGUUUGAGUGGGAAGUCUCAUGCUGUUGUCUAUUUAUAAUCAACAUAUGUUGUGGUUAUUGUUAGAAUCUAUGU